AUGGAUGAUCCACAAACAUGGGUACAUUACGGUGCGAUUGAUCCAGAGCUUGCCGAGAUUUUUCGGCAGGACAACACCCCCAAAUUUGCCAAAGAUAACAAAAUCUCGAGCAUCCCAACCACUCGAACAGCCUGGAAUCCUAUUUACAAAGAGCUUGCUGCGAACGCCUUGGCCAACGCUCAAAAGAAUGGUGUGAAAGGACAAGAAAUCUAUAUCCCAAGAAGGGAUGGUAGCCUGGCCCGUUGCCUGUUAUAUCAGCCAGAGCAGAGCCCUCCGAGUGCUAGUCCGCUUGUCGUUUUCUUUCACGGCGGUGGCUUCUGCUUUGGUUGUCCGGAGAUGGAAAGCAUCAACUGCAUCAACGUUGUGCAGACCUAUCGGGCUGUAGCAAUAAGCGUAGAAUAUCGUCUCUCACCUGAGAGUCGCUUCCCUGGAGCAAUCCAUGAUUCCUGGGAUGCUCUACACUGGAUUGCUGAAAAUGCCUCCCAGCUCUCUUCCGAUCCCUCCACUGGUUUCAUUAUAGGUGGAACGUCGGCAGGAGGCAAUAUUUCGGCAGUCGUAUCACACCUUGCCCGAGAUGAGAAGCUAUCCCCAGCCCUGACUGGCGUGUAUUUGAACAUCCCCACCGUCCUGGCUCCAGAGGUCGUUCCAGAGAAAUAUCGAUCGAUGUACCUGAGCCGACAGCAGAACAAAGACGCACCGGUCUUGACCAAGGCGAACAUGGACAUGUACAAGGAAGCUUAUGCACCGGACCCCAGGUCGGAGCUGUGGAGUCCUUUCAACUGGCCCAGUGGCCAUGCAAAGCUCCCACCUCACUACCUCCAGGUGUGCGGGCUGGAUUUGCUGAGAGAUGAGGCAUUGAUUUACGAACGCGUGCUGAGACGGGAUUACAACAUCCCGACAAAGGUGGAUAUCUAUCCGGGGCUGCCACAUGUCUUUUACGCAAAUUUUCCACAACAUUCGAGGAGCAAGGAGUACGCGAAGGACACAACUCAGGGCAUUGGGUGGCUGCUUGAAGCGCAAAGGCUUUCAGAUCAAUAG